AUGCCCUAUGUGCUCGUUAGUACUCAGAUCCGGCUGGUUAGUAUUCCUCUCCUCGUCAUGUCAUACAGUAUGCAUGCUUGUAGUUGACGCACGCAAUGUUAGACUCGAAAUGUUUUGUAAUGGCAGGCUAUGGCUCUGCAACAAUGUAGCCGAUUUGGACAUUUGUCGCUUAUCACAUGUCAACCUAUAUCCUGUUAUGCAACAUUGUAACAUUUACAAACGUGGAAGCAAAACAAAUAGCCUACAAACUACAGGGCAUAGCAGGUCGCUUCUGGUUUAUGGUGUUUUUUUUUUAUACUGUGCCCCAAAUGAAAAACACAUGUUCACUGUUCAGUCAGAUAUAUAGGCCUAUUUAUGUGCAUAUUGGGUCCAUUGUUUAUGAGAUUGUGGAUGGCCUGCCAUGCAUUUGGGCCCUAUAAAAUCUGCGAUGCGGAGAAUCCAGACAUUAAAACUGUAUUCAACAAUAUUCAAACAUGUAUUGAAAUGUAAUUAAUUUGCACAAGUUUAUUAUAAGAAAGACAUGGACAGAAUGCAUCAGUGUUUUGUAUUUCUUGCAAGUUUUUAAAGAGGCAACGGCAUGAGAAUGCCCUGUGUCUGUGGGCCCUUUCGAGUGGAUCACUCGUCAAGUAGUUGGAGUGGAUCACUCUUGUUAAGUCACGCCUUUCAAAGUGUAUUGCAGGUUUUCAAAAGUGUCCUACUAGCGACUACACGUCGUCGACAGCAUGAACUUUAUAAAAAUAAUUUGAUCAAAGGUCAUUUCGUUUUUGAUAAAGUCGCUGCACUUGCUUUACAUUUGAAAUGUUACGUAAUUUAGCAGACGCUCUUAUCCAGAGCGACUUACAGUAGUGAGUGCAUACAUUUUCAUUUUUUUUCUUUCAUUCUGGUCCCCCUUGGGAGCCAGACGUGUAUAGCGGGAACAGAAAUGUUGGUGACCCACAACCCUGGCGUUGCAAGCGCCAUGCUCUACCAACUGAGCUACACGGGACUGCUUCUCACCAACUGCACCUUGCAGCCAUCACCUGCAUUGUGGGAGGCACUAUUUGUCAACACUCUUUGCACAAUUCUAAAGCUACAGGGGGAUACAAAGGAAAGUGAUAUUUAAGACCUCUCUAUAACCAAUUCAUUGUUUUCAGUUUGUGAGUGUGUGGUAUGGGGGUAUAGAAAAGUUUAUUUCUACAUUUAUGAUGAAAAACUUGUAUAAACAAUAGCAGCUAUGUUGAUACUGCCAAGUUGAUAUGAACCUUGCUGUUAGAAAACCACUAUAGUGUCAGACUUUCGGCUGUCGCAGACAGGGCCUUAACAGGGUUUGAGUUGGAAAAAAAACUGUUAAAAAUGCUAUUUGGAGAACAGCAAAAGCAAGCAAAAAUUACCCCAGCCAUUAUCACCUUGGCUGCCUUAAGUUAAUUCACCUCAAUCGAUUUUAGCUAUACAAUUAUAAUGUUAUACCUCUGAAAGGGGGGAAAUAUGAUACAUUAUUCACACCAAAAACGUAUGACAUUUUUAGAAUUGUAUUGUUUGCAUUUUGAUUGCAUUUUAAUGUAGGCCUAUAGGGAAGAUAGGCCAUGGAGAUGUUCAAACAUCUUUUUUUUUACAGAUUUUCUCAGGGGACCCCACAUGGGGAGCCACAUACUAACAUCUCUCUGUGUCUCCUCUGCCUUCUCCUGCAUACAUUGCAGCCUGCCUCAGCCUCACCACUGAGCGCCACAUCACUGUAAUAAUAUAAUAGCAUAAUAUAUGCCAUUUAGCAGACGUUUAUCCAAAGCGACUUACAGUCUCCAUAGCCUACUCUCUGUAAAGCAAAGUUAUUAUGAGAACAUAGUAGCGUAUUUUUUGCUCCUGCUGAGGUAGACUCCGUUUAACGUUAGCUUCUUACUUCAUCCUUCUAGCUGGCCGGAGUCUUUCAACGUUACGGCAACAGAAGUCUCUGCCGGCAGAUAGCCACCUGACUGACAGUUGUGCACUCAUUCUCCGAGAGUCGUUUUUUGUUUUGUUUGCUGGAUGUCUGUAGGCACCGCAGUCGGCAGGACGGUUUUAAAAUGGCCUUUUGUCCAGCAUCUCGCAAACACACUGUCAGCAUCGUCUCUAGUUGCCUACUUGAGCCGCCUCAGAGCUGGGGUAGUUUGUGCCGCGAGAGGGCGGAGUUAACCGUUUGAGAGUGGUGAAUGUGCUCCCAAAAAGGCAAAUCCAGAAGGCAAAUCCGGAAGACGCAGGCGAACAUAACGAACUACCCACUGUUCAUGAUUCCACUCGUUCGCAGAGGCUGGCGCGAUUAGAACUUAGUCAGAUAAUGAAUAUAAGCAUUCUGCGCUUUUAUUAACAUUGGGAGCAAUAUUUAAUUGUUGACCCGUAAUUUAUUUUCUUUGUUUACAAAAUAUUUUUGUAUUCUUAUUUUUUUGGGGAAAAAAUUAGAGGUCUGGACCUCGGUGUCCUCAUAUGUAGUUACGGCCAUGAUCACAAAUAUCUAAUUAAUGAACGAAAUAUCAUGAAAAUGUAUUGAGGCUGAUGCAGGUGAGCUAGGAUAGAAAGUGAUCCUCAGGCCAACAAGGACAUCUCUCUUUAGUAUGUCUGCCACACUGAAUGCUGUAAAAAAGAGACAUAGUGGCAAUAAUGUAGUGUUCUUUUUCAGGAGACUGGGCCAACCAUGGUAGGAGAUGAAUACUCUGACCCAGCCAUAAUGAACUACCUCGGCGCCAGGAAAACCACCAUGCUGGGGAACAAUUUGUGAGUGUUCAGUAUGUCACUGGUGACUCCAUCCUUACUGUCAGGAAAUGGCUCUUACUUUCAUAGCCCAAGAUCAUGACAAACAUUUGAGUCAAUCACAGAGCCAUGGAACAAUGGUGUGAAAGUAAAAUUGUACCAGAGCAGAAGGGAGACUGCUGUUCUGUAGUUUGAGAAGAGACCAGCAGAGCUGAUGGAACACAGAACAGGGAAGUGUUGUCGUUGCAGAUCUGCCACAAGUGCUUUUGGGAAAUGAACCAAGGUGUUGAGGGAAUAAUCACAAAAACACAAUCCUGGCUCAUUGAGCUGAGUCCUCCUGCGUGUUAGCACUCCAGACAGAGUUAACAAUGAGUUUUACAUUUGUGAAAAACAAAGCUUUGUGCCUCUUGCAGCUCGGAGUACCAUGUGGACGACUCUCCGCGGUUGGUGUUGGACAAGCUGGAGAAGAUUGGCUUCCGUGUGGUGACGAUGACGGGCGUGGGACAGACGCUGGUGUGGUGCAUGCACAAGGAGACAGACUGA